AUGCCGAUCUCCGUCUCGAUCUACUUCGCCACGUUGAGCCCGACUCGCGGAGCGAGCGGAGCGAGUGGGUCACGCGUGACGCAUCUGCUGGGGGUCAAUGAAAUACAGGAAGCCCAGCCGGCAAAUGCGCGUCCGCAUGCCGAUACUAUUCUCAGUGGCCUUGGACCAGUGGCAGACGACGUGAGCUGCGACGACUCGGAGGAGGCAGGAAUGCAAAGCCCCUCACAAAGCGCUCACAGCUGUCACAGCGGCAGCCAGAAGAGUCCGAGGGCCUCAGAUUACCCCCUGAGACCAGAGCCGCCAGCAGAGUUUCGUCAAUUCGAGCCAGAGGAGGAACUCCGAGCUCUGAUGUCGUUCCUGUGGCAGUGGCCUUUGCCAGAAAGUGGCAAAGGACUAUCACGGUCUCAUUGUUGCCAGACGCACCAAACCCUGGAUCGCGCUCGGGACGCUUUGCGAUACUUGCAGAAGCUGGACUGCCAGGACGUGCCAGCCUGCCUUGGCUGGCAGUGCCCUGCCUGCAAGCUGAAGGGCACAGAAAGCGACCGACGACUAUUUGACGAAGAGUCCUGGUGCUGCGGGCUGAUGCUUAGUGCUGGAUGGCUCCAGGUCUCCAGUCGAUGCCUCACCGAAGGUGAGAGCUUGCGGACACUGCCCUGUCGGCUUGCACGGCGACCUCUGAGGCAGAUGGCAAACUGGUACGGCAGCACAGAGCCUGUGGGUAAAGCGGAGCAGUCAGGAUGGUGGCGUGCCUUUGCAUCCGGGUGCAGCAACUUUUCCAUCCAGUACAAUUACCAAUGUGCAAGCAUUGCCCUGGCGGUGAUGUCUACCCACAAUGACCUCUAUGUGCAAGAUCCACUGGCAGCGGACUAUCCGCGGCCUCCCUGGGUCUCUCGCUCUCUCCUGGCCUUGGUCUUCGUGGGCUCGAUGGUAGGUAUGAUGUGCUUCGGAUACCUGGGAGAUCUCCUUGGUCACCGGCGAGCUCUCCAGGGGACGAAGGGCCUUGUCGUGCUGGGUGCCUUGCUGUGUUCCAUGCUGCCGGAAGAUGCUGGAGAUGAGUUCUGGCAUAGACUGGCCAUUGCUCGAUUCCUCGUGGGAGUGGGCCUUGGGGGAGCCUACCCCCUGAGCGCGGCUUGUGCGGGUGCCUCUGGUACUUCGUCGGAGGUGGGUCAGGCGUUCUUCUGGCAGACGCCCGGUGGCGUAGCCCCAUACCUUGUGACGCUCCUCCUGCUGCACGUCCUGCCUGGAGACACCUCCUGGCAGUUUCGGCUGGUGCUCGGUUUGGGGGCUCUGCCGGCCUUCCUGGCACUUGCUGCCUCCUGGCGGGAGGAGUCAGCACCUCCAGUGCAUGCAGGAGGCGACCUGCGCCAGGCGCUGCAAAGCCACCAGCGAACACUUGUCGGUACUGCCGGAACCUGGUUCCUAUUUGAUGUCGCUGCUUACGGCACCGUCAUCUUUACCCCUCGCAUCCUCAAUCAUGUCUUCGGUGAAAGCCAGUCGCUCACGCAGAUGGCUCUCCAUUCUGUCAUGAUGCUUUCUUUUGCCAUCCCGGCCACUUUCCUUGCGGUUGCAGUGCUGCCUCGCGUGGGCGCACGGACGCUGAAUGCAGUGGGGCUGGCCAUGAUCUCCGUUUGCUUUGCGGUUUUUGCGGCCGUGUCGGCCGUGUUUCCAGAUGCGCACAAGGUCCUUUUCGCUGUUCUUUGUGCUCUGUACUUUGGCCUGAAUUUUGGGCCCAGCGUCGCCACCUUCGUGCUUCCGGUGGAGCUAGCGCCUCCGGAGUUGCGCAGCACCUUCCACGGCCUCUCGGCCGCUGCUGGGAAGAGCGGAGCACUCGUCGGAGCUCUGCUUUUCCCGCUGCUGGACGAGACCUACGGGGUGCCCGCAGUGAUGCUGGCGCAGGCAUUUGUUUGCGCCUUCGGUGCUCUUCUGAGUCAUGUCUGCCUGGGUGAGAGUUGGUCGACACAGGAGGCACAAUGA